AUGGCCUUAGUUGCCAACGAAAACCUGACUCUGGCGGUCAACUCUGCAGAGUCGAUCGGCUGCUGCAUCGUGAAUGUCGGCCCAGAAGACAUUGCUCACCGUUCGCGUCACUUGGUGCUCGGACUGAUUUGGCAGAUUAUCCGCAUCGGACUGCUCAGUGUCAUCAGUCUUACGCACCACGCCGAGCUGGCCGCUCUGCUGUAUCCGGGCGAGUAUCUGGACGACCUGCGUCUCUUGUCACCAGAGGAUCUGCUGUUGCGUUGGGUCAACUACCACCUCGAACAAGCUGGCAUCACCCACCGGAUGGCCAACUUCACCAGCGGCCUGAUGGACUCCGAGAUUUAUGCCGCCCUUUUGCAGCAAGUUGCGCCCGAGGAGAUGCGCUCCAUGCUGAUCCCGGCAAGUGGUAUUCUGGCCGAGAGCGAGAUGUUACGGCGAGCCGAGAUGGUGCUGCACAACGCCGAGGUGCUCGGAGCGGCGGCCUUCCUCACGCCCGAGGACAUCGUGCAGGCAAAUGAAAAAGGCAUGAAUCGAGAGAAGCUGCAUCUGGCCUUUAUCGCCAACCUCUUCAACCUCUACCCAGGCCUGGAAUGCACGCCCCAAGUUGAAGUGGACGAGACCCUGGAAGAGAAGACGUACCGAAAUUGGAUGAACUCUAUGGGAGUGGCACCAUUCGUCAAAGACCUUUCGGUUGAUUUACGCACCGGCCUCAUCUUCCUACAACUCGUCGACAUUCUGCAUACAAGCACAGUGGACUGGAGCAAAAUUGUGCGCCAGUUCGACCCAAAACGACGCAUCUUCCAGAUGCAGGACAACUGCAGUUACGCCAUCGAAUAUGCCAAUAUGCUGGGUCUGAAUGUGGUCAACCAAAGUGGCGAAGACAUUCGCACUGGUGACCGUAAGUUGACGCUGGGAUUGGCUUUUCAACUCAUGCGUGCGUAUACCAUCAAGAUGCUGUCUCGUCUGCAGGGCAACGGUUAUCCGGUGGAAGACCGAGACGUCUUGACCUGGGCUAAUGAACGUCUGGCCUCUGUGGGUGCCAGCGCGCUGGUUAGUUUCAGGGACUCGAGCAUCUCAACCGGAGUUCCCGUGCUCAAUCUCAUCAAUGCCAUCAAGCCGAAUUCGGUCGACAAGAGCAUGGUUUCCAAGGCUAAGGAGGCUAAUUGCCGCCUCGCCAUCAGCACCGCGAGGAAGAUCGGAGCCAGAGUCUACGCGCUGCCAGAACACUUGCGUGACGUAAAUCCCAAAAUGGUUAUGACCGUGUUCGCUUGUUUGAUGGUGCUCGACUACCAGUUGAACCGUCAACAACGAACUUGCUGUUAA